UCUCUGUCUGUUUUCACACUCUCCUCCCCAUUCGAGCGAGGCCCACACCUGGCGCAUCGCUGCCGAGCCAUUAGCUGCGGGUCCCCUUUCAUCUUCGUUGUGGCUGACGUUUCUAUUUAUCCACUUGCGCUCGCCGAGUGGCGUCACCAGCGGUACUGUAAUGACGAUUGCAGCGAGAGGAUGACAGCUUAGAAAGAAGAGGGCAAUGGGGCUUCCUCCCAGAGGCGGUGCGGCACAGAGCAGCACUCACAUCACAAGGUGACCCCGGCUCCCCGCCGCCGCCGACGCCGUCACCACCGGCAUCGCGUCCCGUCGCUCCGCGCCCGCCCUACCGCCGGGCCUCUCCUUCUCCUUCCAGCAGCCAAGAUCAGCCCGGCCGCUGGGGACCCAGGAAGCCGGGGGGUUAGGAGCUCACGGGGGGCUCCCUCACUCCGGAGACCCCCCCGGAAUGGAGAGCCGAAAGGACAUGGUUAUGUUUCUGGAUGGGGUACAGCUUGGCACCCUGGUUGGCAAGAGGGUCUCCAAUUUGUCCGAAGCCGUGGGCAGCCCGUUGCCCGAGCCGCCCGAGAAGGUGGUGCCCCGAGGUUGCCUGAGCCCGCGGGCCGGCCCUCCGGCUGCCCGGGAGCGCGGCGGGGGAGGCCCGGUGGAGGAGCCGACAGACGGACUGGCGAGCAGCGCGGCGGGGCCGGGCGCCGAGGCGCGAGCAGCCGGAGCAGCGGUCCUGGGCGCGGGCCCCCCGGCCCCUUCGGCAGACAGUCUCUCCGGCCAGGGGCAACCCAGCAGCUCGGACACCGAGUCGGAUUUCUAUGAAGAAAUCGAGGUGAGCUGCACCCCGGACUGCGCCACCGGGAACGCCGAGUACCAGCACAGCAAAGGGCUCAGCUCUGAGGCCAGUCCCAAUGGAAGUGUCAGCGAGGCCCCCAAGAGCAAUGGCAGCGGUGGAGGGGGCGGCUCGCAGAGCACCCUGUCCUGCAGCGCGAGUGACCAGAUGCGCCGUUACCGCACCGCCUUCACCCGGGAGCAGAUCGCUCGGCUGGAGAAGGAAUUCUACCGGGAAAACUAUGUAUCCAGGCCUCGGAGAUGCGAGCUGGCUGCGGCCCUCAAUCUGCCGGAAACUACCAUCAAGGUGUGGUUCCAGAACCGGCGCAUGAAGGACAAGCGGCAGCGGCUGGCCAUGACCUGGCCACACCCGGCCGACCCCGCCUUCUACACGUACAUGAUGAGCCACGCGGCGGCCGCGGGCGGCCUGCCCUACCCGUUCCCGUCGCACCUGCCGCUGCCCUACUACUCGCCAGUGGGCCUGGGCGCUGCGUCCGCAGCCUCGGCUGCCGCCUCGCCCUUCAGUGGCCCGCUGCGCCCGCUCGACACGUUCCGCGUCCUGUCGCAGCCCUACCCCCGGCCCGAACUGCUGUGCGCCUUCCGCCAUCCGCCGCUCUACCCGGGCCCGGCGCACGGACUGGGUGCCUCGGCCGGCGGCCCCUGCUCCUGCCUCGCCUGCCACAGCGGCCCCGCCAACGGGCUGGCGCCCCGGGCCGCCGCCGCCCCCUCGGACUUCACUUGUGCCUCCACCUCCCGCUCGGACUCCUUCCUCACCUUCGCGCCCUCAGUGCUCAGUAAGACCUCCUCCGUAGCGCUGGACCAGAGGGAGGAGGUGCCCCUCACCAGAUAAGGCGCUGCCCCUGGGCUUGUGGCUCCGGAUAUGAGCGCCACGUCCCUCCCAGACCCAGGAC